AUGAAUAGACUGGAGAAGUUCUUUACGACUCUAUACACAGCACAGUCAAAGGUUCUGAAAAGGUAUACGACUGAUGAGCUUGUUUCUCAAAUAAAAGAAUAUGUUGACUUUACUCCUUACAUUCUCAGGCAAACAUACAAGCUUUUGUGUGGGCAGGAGGGGGAUGACAGGAAGAACGGAGCGAGGAUACUUGGCUCUCUGAUGUUCCAGUUUAAGCUUGUGACGGAGUUCAAGAUUGAGUAUAUGGAGGGUAAAGACGUAUAUCUGAGUUGCACUGGAGAACAGUUCAACGUACAAGCGCCAUCUAUACAAGAACAAAAGAAGAUAGUGAAGAAGCUUGCAGAUAUGGAGCAUGUGGAGUCGAAUUUCUUGAGCGACAUUGACUUUAAGGCCAGUGCAGGAGAGGCAAUUAAAAGGCACAAGGUUGAAGAAAAAGCAAUUGAAAAUCCGUUUGAUUUUUUCGAGCAGGUGAGUGAGAACUUGCUAAGUUAUGAGUGGCAUAAGCGGCAUGGAGCUUUUCUUGCAUUUGAGGCGAUGUUUUCUCAGAUGGGAGAUGGGGAGAUGCAAGUGAAGAUUGAUCCCAAGCUGUUUUCGAAGAUCUACGAGAUUCUUGUUACGGACAAGUUCAAUGACUUUGUGGAUGACAGGACGUUUGCACCUGUAAGGGAUGCAGCGGCACGUCUUUUGGCAUGCAUUUAUCCGUUGAUUGGUGUGAAUGAUAUUACUGAACAACUGAUUGGAUUUCUGGACAAUGAAGACUGGCAAGUGCAGUUUUCAGGGCUUAUAGCGUUAGGAUAUCUGAAAGCGUAUGUUCCUGACAAGGAGAUGCUAUGUAGGAAACUUGUAUCGCUUUUGUGCAGUGUUGACGAGGAUAUAAAGUUGCUGAGUGCAGAGCUUUUGUGUGGAUUUCCGAUUUGUUCAGAUGCAGAGGUGAUUCUUGAGAGAUGCUGGAGCAACAUUGAAGCAGAGGAGGUUAUUUCUGUGUCAAAGACGUCCAAUCUGUCUUUACUUGCAAAGAUAUACAGGGAGAAUCCUGGGAUGGAAGUUCCGGCCGAUAAGCUUAAAGAGAUUUUCCCAUGUUUUACAUCGCCUGUGCCUGACGUGCGUGUCAGUAUUGUAAAGAUGGUUGAGAACUUCAGCGACGAGUCCAUUGAUUUUCUUAUUGCGGAGAUGAUUCUAAUUGAAGAGAAAGAGGAAAUAAGAGAACUUGCCAUGAGCGUCUUAAAGAAGAGGAGUGCGAUACGAAAUAAUCUGGUUGUUCAUUUUAUGAAUAUUCUUGGAGGGAGCCUAUAUGAGCCGUAUCGUGAAGAUGACUUUGUUUCAUACGAUGACUUGUAUUUUACAAAGAGCGGAAUAAAUGUGAUAGGAAAGGACGAGAUAUUGAAGAACAGGUGCUUUUUAUUUGAAUGCCUGAUGGGUGGAGAUACUAAAGAUCUGAAAUGUAAAGAGACGAUGAUUGGCAACACUUUUUUAUUCCUUAGUAGGUUUACUCACAGAUUUAGUGAAAAUAACGAAGGAUUAAAGUGUUCAAACACUGCAGAACAAAUGACUGACGAUGAGAUACUGGUGAAGGAUCUUGAUGAGUACUUUUUGAAAUGCAGAGAUUUAAAGAUGGCGCCAGUGAAGGAGUUCAAGAAGAAGGUGAGCGAUCCUAGUAUUACAUCAAUACAUUUGAUGGUUGAGUCAUUGUAUGUUGAUUAUAUCAGGAUGCAGGCUUCUGUGAAUCUUCCUGAGAUGAGGUUUGCAUUUAAGAUGUACAAAGUAGAGACAUGCAAGCAAUUUCUUAGCUUAUUCUCAAGGAUAGUAACUGAUGCAUAUGAUCAAGGAAGGAUUUGUGUAGAUGAGUUUCUAAUGAGAGCAUAUGAAGGGUUGGUGCAAGGCAGUGAAGGGUUUCUUGUUUUUUUCAAGGCUUUUGGUGCAAGGCUUCUUGAGCAUGCGUUUUUCAACAGAGUGACUGAGUUUGAAGAUAGGCUUGACUUUUUUGCAAAGACAAUUGAGAUAUAUGCAUGUGAUGAAGGGAUAAGAGUAUUGGAAGGCGUUUUUGAAGAUGCGUUGCAUAAGAAGAAUGUGGCAGUGGUGCGUGGGUUUAUGAAAUCUCUUGAGUUUAACGAAAGGUUUGUAAGGAGCAUGCUGGAUAAUCUGGAUGUGGAACUUCUUGACAUGUUGAUUGAAUCAGGAGAUCAUUCGUUCAAUCCACUGUUUGUAAAGCCUCUUUUGAACAACAUAUCGAGUGGUAAAGAUAGAAAUGUGUCCUGCAAGGUAUUUUCGAAGAUUAUUCCAACACUUGGGUUCCGAACAAAUGAGAAGAUAUCUGAGGAUCUUCUUGUGAAAAUUAAGAUAGAGAACAAGGCACUUGAGUCUCUACUUGACUCAACGAAGAUCCCUGAGUAUAUAAUACGAUGUCCUAUGGAGACCAAGCUGAGAGAUUAUCAGAUAGAAGGAGUGAGAUGGCUGAGUUUUUUGUAUAGCUUUAAUCUGAACGGGAUUCUUGCGGAUGAUAUGGGACUUGGAAAGACACUGCAGGUACUGACUUUUCUUUGCUCUGAGAUGUAUGAGACAGAUAGGAGAGUUUUAGUGAUCUGCCCAUCGAGCCUGACUGGGCAUUGGAAAUCUGAGGUAAAAAGAUUUUUUCCUUUUAUGUCAUGUGAAAUAUACAAGAAGGAAAUGAAGAAUGAUUGUGCGAUUGUAGUAAGUUCAUAUGAAGCUUUUAGAAAUGAUCAUAUGAACUUUGUUGAGAAGGAUUGGUUCUAUGUGGUUGUUGAUGAAGGGCAUGUGCUGCGCAACAAGCAAACGAUGCUUUAUACAAGGAUGAACAUGAUAAAGUGCGCAAGAAAGAUAAUAUUGACGGGAACGCCGGUGCAUAAUAGUGUUGAAGAUCUUGUUUCUCUAUUUAACUUCUUGAUGCCAAACUACAUUGGGUCUGAGAAGGACUAUGGAACAUUAAGUGUCAAAAUGUCUGACUCUGAGAUUGAAAAGGCACAUGCCAAGCUUGAGUAUCUACACAAGAAGGUUCUUCCGUUUGUAUUGAGACGGCUGAAGAUAGAUGUAUUGAAAGACUUGCCUCCAAAGAUAAUUAGGGAUAUUAUUAUUGAGUUUGGGCCUACACAAGAGAGCUUAUAUAAAGAGAUUGAUGAGAACGGAGGACGAGAAGAUACAGCAAGAAUAAGUGAGCUGGAGUAUGGAAAGGUUGAUCAGAAGAACGUAGGGUUUAAGCGAACGAGAGACUUGUUCCUUGCAAUAUCGCAUAUAGGGCACUUUAGAGACUUUGAGGAAGUUUCAUGCAAAGUAAGAGCGCUCGAUGAUAUUAUUUCGCUUUGUGGGGGAGAAGAGUUGAGAAGUAAGAUUCUUGUAUUUUUCCAGUUUAAGUCGAGCAUAGAUCUUGUUGUGAAUGAUAUUAUGAAGAAGUACAAGUUCAAGCAUUCGAGGAUUGAUGGAUCUGUUGUGAGCUCUGCCAGAACUAAGAUUAUUGAAGAAUUCAACAAUGGAGCCACACAGGUUUUGUUUUUAACUACUCAGAUAGGAGGUCUUGGGCUAAACUUGACUGCAGCAGACACAGUGGUGAUGUAUGAGCAUGACUGGAAUCCGUUCAAUGACUUACAGGCGAUGGAUCGAGCACACAGGAUAGGGCAAAAACGAACGGUCAAUGUGUUCAGACUCAUAGUGAAGAACACACUGGAGGAGAAGGUUAUGAACUUGCAAUCGUUCAAGAUGUUUAUUGCAAACAGUCUUAUAUCUCAACAAAAUGCAGACAUAGAAACGAUGGAAACAAAGGACCUUCUUGAGAAGUUUCGGGGAUAG